CGCCGCUGCACUCUGACCUUAGGCUCCCUCGACGGGACAAGUGACGGCACAGAAACAUGGCGACAGAAGAUCUGACCAACGACGUCCUCCGUGCUCUGGAGUCGAAGGACACAAUCCUUUCCGACGAUGCCUUCCCCACCUUCCCCUCCUCCAGCGUGAAGGCGGCCGUGGAUCGUCUGGGUUCCCGUGAAAUGGUUACCUAUGAGACAAUUGACCGUGAAGAUGCGGUAUUGACGGAAGAAGGCAAAGGCAUUGCCGCAGAAGGUAGCCACGAGGCAAAGGUUUUCGAGGCUGUCAGGAAAGCCGUUGAGGGGCUUAAGAUUACGGAUUUGCCCGGCAUCGUUGGCAAGGAUAAUGCCAAGGUCGGCCAAGGAAAAGCGUUCAAGGAGGGCUGGAUUAAGAAAGACAAGGACCUUUUGAGGGCCAAUACCGACUCUAUCAAAGAUGUUACCCAGGAGCAGCUGAAGACCAUUCAACAAUCCCGUACCCACCCUGACCCGAAAGUGAUUGCGGAUCUUCGCAAGCGCAAACUUAUAACCAUUCAAAAGGUUAUCAGCUUCAAGAUUUCCAAGGGCCCGAAAUAUACUCCGGAAUUUCAGAAAGAGGAGACCGACCUUACCGUUGAGAUGCUUGCCAGCGGAGCGUGGAAGACUGCUUCUUUCAAGCCUUACAACUUCAAGUCCCUUGGCGCUUUCACUCCAAGUGGAGCCCUGCAUCCUUUGAUGAAGGUUCGACACGAAUUCCGGCAAAUCUUCUUUGAGAUGGGUUUCGAGGAGAUGCCUACGAAUCGAUAUGUCGAGACUGGAUUCUGGAACUUUGAUUCCCUUUUCGUCCCUCAGCAACACCCUGCUCGAGAUCUGCAAGACACCUUCUAUAUCUCCGACCCUCUUUGGGCAGACAAGCCUCGUGCCGACCCUCAGCCGGCUCAGUCACUGCACAAUGUUGCCGCCAAAUCCGAGGAGCCUACGAAACCUCAGGAUUAUGAAGAAUACUGGAACAAUGUCGCCGAAGUCCACCAGGAUGGCAAAUACGGAUCAAUUGGUUAUCGAUACCCCUUCAAGCCUGACGAAUCUCUACGACUAGUCCUCCGCACCCAUACGACUGCGAUUUCAGCAUAUAUGCUUCACAAAUUGGCAGCCAACCCUCGACCUGCACGAUAUUUCUCCAUUGACCGUGUCUUCAGAAACGAAUCUGUUGACGCUACUCACCUUGCCGAGUUCCAUCAAGUCGAAGGUGUCAUUGCCGACUUUGGACUCGACCUUGGCGGUCUUAUUGGCUUCAUGGAGACCUUCUUUGCGAAGAUGGGCGUUUACGGAUUGCGCUUCAAGCCCGCAUACAAUCCUUACACGGAGCCCAGUCUGGAAAUCUUUGGCCACCACAGCGGUCUAGGAAAGUGGGUCGAGAUUGGUAACAGUGGCAUGUUCAGGCCUGAAAUGCUUGAAGCUAUGGGUCUGCCAAAGGGCCUUCGCGUCUACGGUUGGGGUUUGAGUUUAGAGCGCCCUACCAUGAUCAAAUACGGCGUCAAGAAUAUUCGAGAACUACUAGGUCACAAGGUCGACCUUGGUUUCAUAGAAACAAACCCAGCGGUGCGACUGGAGAAGCGUUAGAGCUUACGUGACUAGAUCUGUUUCAAUUAUAUCAUAGAGAUACUCUUACCACGUUUUAACGUUUCAUGUACACGAAAAUAAAAAGCAUUGCUUGCUGCCAUCUUAGCAGCAGAUUUCCUGGAUGAUAAUUCCUUGGCCUCCUGCUUUGUUAUAUAUUAUAUAUAUUAACCCUGCGCUAAGGAAGAUUUCUGAGCGCUUGAGGAUAUCAUGAGAGU